AUGGCAAUAGACUUAAACACACUACCAGAGGAGAGAGGAGAGGAGGUGCCAGAUCUCAACAAGAAUCCUGCUGAACAUGAACGCCACGAAGAGGAUCGUGAUCCCUUGGAAGAUGUAGUGGCUGCAGUUCAAGUUGGGGAAGCUGACCACUUUGGUGUCUAUCCUGCUAAGAAUGAUGAACAAGUCGACGGAGGGUGGCACAAGAGGAUCUCGGCGGAGGGGAGUCGACGGAGGGUGGGCGCGACGCGAGGUUGCGGAUGGGGCCAAAGGAACAGCCGGCGAGGUUGGGGAUGA